AUGACUCUCCUCGGCCCUAUCCGUCAGGGCACCGCCAACGUGGCGCGGACGCUCCCCCGCCUGACAAAAUGCUCCUCCACACUGCCCAUCCGGGCCUUCCACAGCACUCCCAAGACCCAGACCUUCUUCACCUCGCGGGCGCCGCGGGCCGCCAGCAACAGCCUUUCCUCGAACCUCGUGAUCCGAAGCUCGUUCGCGCGCGCGCGCGAUGGCGCGAGGACCUACAUGCAGGGUUCGCAGACGACAUAUCAGCAGCAAGGUCAGGGUAGUGCUCUGCGCAAGCUCUUGAUCGGCGGUUCCAUCUUUGGUGGCACUCUCCUUGCCAUCAAUGUCGUCUUCAACCGGGAAACCCGCGAGGGCGCCAUGCCUAAGUUUGAGAGGGAAUAUCUCAACAACACCUUCCUUCACACCGGUCUUGGUGUCGGCAUCAUCGGCUUGACGGCGCGGCAGAUGGUCAAUUCUGGUUUUGUCUACAGGAUUAUGGUUACCAACCCUUGGAUUGUCGCCAUCGGUGGCCUCGCUCUCAGCUUCGGUACCAUGAUUGGAACGAGGGCUAUUGAUCCUGACAACUACAUCCCCAAGUACGCCCUCUGGACCGCUUUCAACGCCACCCAAGCCGCCUUCAUCGCCCCCCUCCUCGUCUACGCCCCCGGAGCCCUCAUCGCCCGCGCAGGUCUCUACACCGUCGCCAUGAUGGGUGGUCUUUCCAUUGUCGGAGCGACCGCUAAGCAAGACAAGUACCUCUACAUCGGCGGUCCCCUCCUCGCCGGCGCCUGCGUCGUAGCCGCCUCUGGUCUCGCUCCCUUGAUCAUCCCCGCCACCGCCUACCGCGCGCUCGCGUUCUCCGAGAGCAUCUGGCUCUACGGUGGUCUCGCUCUCUUCGGCGGUUUCACCCUCUACGACGUGCAGAAGAUUAUGCAUCAUGCCAGGCUUGCCCAGCGUGGUAUCAUCAAGGAGGAUCCCGUUAACGAGAGCAUCGCACUCGAGCUUGACUUCCUCAACAUCUUUGUCCGCAUGGUUCAGAUCCUCAUGAUGCAGGGCAACAGGAACAGGAGGUAA